GGACCGUAUGUUGAUUGAUCAACCUGGCUACCUUCUCAAAGAAUUAUGGCUUUUGAUUGAUGCGUCAUUUUUUCGGAAUUGUUCAUUGGAAUUGUGUAUGUUUUUUUCUCACCUCCGUAUAAAACGAUACUGAUGUUUCGUUUUCCAACCCAUGGUGGAAUGAAAUGAAGAAAAAUGCUAGAAGAGAUAUCCAACUUUUCACGCAUUUAAUUUCACGGCAUUUAUGACUUUUUAAGAUGCCUAAUAAGAGGCAAUCGAGAGGAACACACUACGAUCGAAUGAGUAUAGAUUCUGGUGCCCACGGCAAAGUAUGCUUUCGUCAUAACGAUAGCUUUGCGGACUCAACAACGCUUGCGUCAGCGCCAUACAAGGGUGAUCCAGGAUUGUAUAGCUCAUCCCGCUUACGAAAUGCAUGCCUCGUUAUACUCGUGGUAAUCAUCGCUCUUGGAUUGGGAGUUCUCAUCGGAUUCCUGUGGUUUCGUUCCAAUGACCAACGAGGGAAACCCACGGCGGCCACCACAAUUCAGCCUACCAUUGGCGAUCUCUUACAGAGAUUUCAGGACCACGUAGACCCUAAGCGACUAGAGAAGGAUUUCAGGUACUUUACAAAUAGGCCCCACGUGACUGGUUCCCAGGUCAGCAGGAAUCACACGGACAUUUUCAUCCGUUUGUGGAGGGAGUAUGGGUUUGAGGUUGAGGUGCCGGAGUACCAAGUGCUCCUUUCAUACCCCGAGGAGGAUAACCCCAACACAGUCACCCUUUUCAACAGUGCCACCGGGCAAGUGGAACACAACAUUAUCCUAAAGAUCAACGCCACUGAAGGUCCUGCGAGUACUCAACAGUACCCAUAUCUCCCUUACCUGGCGUACGCUACUAAUGGGACGGUACAAGCUGAGCUAGUCUACGCCAACAAGGGCUUUGAAAGCGACUUUGACGAACUGCAGAGAAGGAACAUUUCCGUCCAAGGGAAAAUUGUUAUAAUGAGAUCGUUAUUUGGCAAUGUUCCUAACGCUGAGAUGCACGGGGCAGCAGGUGUUAUCCUUUUCCCAGACCCCCUAGACUAUGCCCCGGAGGGUCACGAGGAUAGGGACACCUACCCCAAUACUCCAUGGAUGCCUCCCGACGGAGUACAGCGGAUGUCUCUUCUCCCCUCUUCUGGGGACUCCCUUACGCCACUCUUCCCCGCUGUAGACGGGAUUUACCAGAAGCCCAUGAAGGAGGCACAGACUACUAAGGUUCCAGCGCAAACCAUCUCUUACGCGGACGCUAAGGUGCUGCUGAGUAAAAUGACAGGUGACCUGGUUCCUGAGAGUUGGAGAGGGGCUUUGGACGUCGCAUAUCGUUUUGGGGCAAGCGGAAACACCUCUUCUAAUUUCACAAUAAAACUGUCAGUCCACAAUAAACUGGCUAUAACAAAGAUUCGAAACGUCAUCGCUACAAUUAAGGGUUCGGAAGAGCCUGACCGAUACGUCAUGAUCGGUAAUCAUAGAGACGGGUGGUUGUUCGGCGCCGCUGACCCUUCUAGCGGCACUGCGACGCUAGCCGAGAUCUCCAGAGUAGUUCGGGAAUUAGUGCGGGAGGGAUGGCAACCCAAGCGUACGAUCAAGCUGUGCAGCUGGGGAGGCGAAGAAUUCGGAAUGCUUGGAUCAAUAGAGUGGUCCGAGGAACAUGACCGGAUAUUAAAGCAGAGGGCGGUGGCUUACCUAAACACUGAUGUCGCAGUAGGUGGGAACUUCAUCUUGUUUGCACAGACAAGCCCGAUGCUUGCAAAUCUCAUCUUUACUCACACAAAACACGUGAAGGACCCACUGGACAGCAAGAAGUCGCUGUAUGACUCCAUGCUGGAAAAGAUGCCAUCUAGAGAAAACCCUAAGCUUCCCUACUUGUCGGGCUUUCAGUUUUCCACGGAUAACCUACCUUUCUGUCUACUGAAUGGGAUGAGCACGGCGGAUUUCAGUUUCUUUUUUGGUUACAAAGGCAAGUUUGUCCUGUACCCUGUGUAUCAUUCGCAGUACGACAACUAUGACUGGAUUAAGAGGUUUGCCGACCCCGAGUUUAAGCACUUUACCGCCAUGACGCAACUUCUUGGUCGAAUGUUGCUCGAUCUUUCUGACGCAUCUAUUCUUCCAUUCAGCGUUACUAGAUUCGCCUACUCAACGAAGAAAGCGUUCCAGUCGCUUGAGAAAAGCAGCGCUUUGUUACAGAACUAUGGUGUUACACUGGAUCGUUUGAGGGACGCAGUUUAUACGUUUAUCAACAUCUCCAAAGAUUUUGAGAACGCAAUCAAGAUACGUGAUGGUCAGCGUAACCCCUUGUUACUGCGCAUGAUCAACGAUCAGCUAUUGCAGAUUGAAAGGAUGUUUGUGAGCGCACACGUUGUCAAUGACUGGGCCAUGAAUCAACGAAUCUUGGUAAAUGAUGUCUUCUCCAACGUUGAAACAGCUAUCAAAAGUAAUGAUGAGCAGAAAAUCAAGAAGCAAGUUUCGCUUACAAUACAUGCCCUGUGGUCCGCCACAUCACUUCUAAAACCUCUCACCUAAAAAAUUCAUUUAUAAUUGCAUAUGCAUACACCUUUUUCAAAGAGAUUUCAACAGUAAUUAAAGGAUCAGCAAAUAGCAAUUUUCAGUUCUCCUACCUAAAGGUACAAUCGGUAGUUUUAAAAAUAGUUACAACUUUUAAACUAUUGGCGCUAAGGAAUGUCCAACAACACGAAGACACCAUCUGUUUGGCAAUAGAAGAUUAGCAUUCGCCUUUCGCCUCGACAACCAUUGAAGUUCAUGCCUGAAGCCAGUACUAUGCACAGGCACCAGCCCCGCCCCCAUCCUCGACCAAUAGACUUAUGUCCACAAACCCCAUCCCCCUCAGCAAAUCGUGGUUACUCGCUCUAUCAUUCCUCUUACUCUUUUGUGUUUCCGUUGUGACGUUCUACCCAAUGACAACCCAAACAUCACGAGCCGGGACAGUGCGCAGCAAGACAAUCUUUAUUUUUCCUUUUUUUAGCCGAUCGACCUUUUCCGAUCAAUACAUUGUCUACCAUAACACUACACCGUUUAGAUAGAACUGCGUGUUACUUAAAGACUACUGUUGGCUGCCAUUUCGUCAUCCUAGUAAAAUAUCUGAUGUGACAGAGCAUACAUUUCCGUCAGCUGAUUUUGGAAGUGAUAUUUCAUAUUGAAUUUGGUAAAUAAAGUAUAAAAAUUUG